AUGGCGCCGUCUGGGCAGACAAAAGGGACAGGGCAAGGUGCAGGACCACAGCUUCUCAGCGAAGGGGGAGAGCUACGUGUCACACGCCAGCCAAGCUGUCAAUCCAAGCCCAAGGAGGUCGGUGAUGUUCAGGAAGUAGCUGACGACUUCGUCGAUCAUCUGGGGAAAGAAUGUUAUAUACGGGAUCAUGCUUUAACUUUCCGAGUGGGUCUCUACCUCUUUGUCCAAUAUGACAGCAGACCUGAUGUUCACUGGCUCUCUGGCCUGAUAAACAAGAGCCUGUGCAUGGGUUUUGAAAGGAAGGUGACCAUCACCUUCUGUGAUCUGGGUAUUUUCUUGCGUACACCUCUGCUAGCCUGUAAAGCAGCUCUCCUGCUCACUGCUAUGACCACUCCACUGGAAGAUGCAAUGGACACCUUGAUCAGGAUUUUCCAUCACUACUCGGGCAAAGAAGGAGACAGGAACAAGCUCAGUAAAGGAGAACUCAAGGAGCUCCUCACCAGUGAGCUCACUGACUUCCUUUCAGGCCAAAAGGACCCCCUCCUGGUCGAUAAAAUUAUGAAUGACCUGGACUCCAAUAAGGAUAAUGAAGUGGAUUUUAAUGAAUUUGUCAUUCUGGUUGCUGCUUUGACAGUGGCAUGUAAUGAUUUCUUUGAAGAACAGCUAAAGAAAGAGGAAUUUUAA